UCCCGCGGUGAAAUAAGCAAAAGAAACAAAAAAACAAGCAUUUGCGAUGAAAGCCGCCGCAUUUGACCCCCCGGCUUUUCAAGCCACACUUGCUACCCCGCUCAACGUAAUUCGGCGUAAGAGAGGGAGCUCAGCCUUACCCCAAGCGCCCCACCAAGGCUGCUCGUCGCUCAUUCAUUCACGAACCUUGAAUUUGACGACUCGACUGGCCGAAAAGAAGCGAAUAUCUCAUCAGAUUUUUUUUCAUUACCUCUUGAAAUGAAAUAGCUCGGCGGUCGGCAGCUAGAAAUUUCUUCUAGCUAUUGUCAAGCUUCGUGCUAUUGCGUCCAGGAAUUUGAGCAGCUGUCAAUCACCUCAGCUGCAGUAACUGACGCGACUACGACGACGCGAACCAGAGUACAAGAUGGAGCUCCCCAAGGCUCUCAAUGCGCUUGAGCCCUUCCUCGCGCUCUCAAAAUCUGCUACUUCGCCGCGUGCGGCGGCCGACCUUGUCGCGCGCGCCACCUCAUCACCCAACACCUUCGUCUUUACGGAGCUGCUUCAGACGCAGCAGGUGCAGGCGUUGGCGUGGUCGCCCGACCACGAGCUUGCAGCGUACAUUCAGCUUCUCAAGAUCUUCAGCUACGGCACGUAUACCACUUACUCGGCGGCCGCGAGCACAACGAAAACUCUCCCGCCGCUCAACGAUGCCCAGAAGCUGAAGCUGCGGCAGCUGUCGCUACUGACGCUGGCCAAUGACACGUGCGAGCCGGGCGCGUCGCUGAGCUACGCACGGCUGCUUGAAGCGCUGGAACUCGGCAGCGCCCGCGAGCUCGAAGAGCUAGUUAUCAGCGCCGUGUAUGCUGGGCUUCUUCAUGUUCAGCUGGACCCGAAGCACGAGGUAGUGCACGUCAACAGCGUGACGGCCCUGCGCGACGUGACGCCCGGUUCCAGUUCCGGCUCCGUUCACGACAGCAACGGUGGAGCCAUCGGUGGGCUGCUGUCCAGCCUGAAGGCGUGGGCCGACCGGUGCGAGGAGACACUGCAGUCGCUUGAGACGCAAAUGUCUGGGCUGCGGGCCGACGCCGACCGGCGCGCCACGGAGGCGGCCGCCUGGUCCAAGAAGAUAGAGAAGCUCAUCGACGAGGACCAGAACCAGGCGAUGCAGGGAGGAGGAGGACAUCAGAUAAGCGGGCAACACAAGGGUAGCAGCAUUACCGGGGCCGGCGCCGGCGGCGACAGCAUUUUCUCGGGCGCAUCCGGACAGGGACCGUUCGCCGGGAACUCGGCCAUCGCGAACAUGAUCAAGGGGCAGCGUUUUGGUAAGCGCGGAAGCGGUCACAUGGACGCGCCCUCUGGCGGAGGAGGCGAUGCUGAUGACGAGGCCAUGGAUCUCGACGACGAGGACGACCUAGUUGACGGAAAGAAGCGGGCCAGCCGGCGGAGGCUUUAGUAAAGAAGCCGUUGUUUUUGUCCUCUCUUUUUCUCAGUCUUUUUUGUUUUAACCGUUGAUCGCAUGGCAUCCAUGUGUAUCUCAUCACCUUGGACUUGUCUGAUGAUUGUCCCGUCGGGGUCUCCCCGGGGCGAUCGCCAGAAAAGAACUCCAAAUAGAGUGGGAUGGCCCAUGGAUUCACGAUGCCCGAGUCGAUACUAGUUGAGUAACGACCUAUUAUGAUAUAUCACGCAGGUUUUCGUAGGUGGCUUUCGUAAUUCUUCUUGUCUAUAACCUCAACAUGUGAACCUAAUUGUGAAUGACACACCGCAUAUGCUGACAGAAAAGAGAUAAAUAUAAAUGGCAUGGCAGAG